GCAGCGAAUCAAUAGUGUCUACAGACAGAAUGUUAUUCUCGCAUCACAGCUCUCCACUGCAGCCUCUGCUUAGCAUGAAUGUGAUGUUCUACUUGGAUUACUGACUCUAGUCUCUGUACUUUCCUUUCAUGGCAUUAUAAAAGUGGAUUUCUUUUUUUUGUUACCAUUGCAUUACUCCCAAUAUUUUUUUUUUUUUGCUGCUGCUCUUCCUAUCUGUUCAUUCUUGGUUUGCCAUUUUCCUUUGUGAGCUCUGAACUUGUGGCUUGGGACAGAGAGAUGCUGGACCUGGAUGUUUGUGAGUUUGGCAGCCAGCUGCUGGAAAUCUUUUGGCUGACAGUGUGUUACCGAGACAAAAUGGCAGACCAGGAAGCAGAGAAACAGUCACUUGGAGAAGAGGAUGCUGAAAAUGAACUUAAUUACAAAAUCCCAAAGAUGAAGACAGUGGCGGAAAUACAAGAGAUGGAUAAAGAUGAUGAGAGCUUACAGAAGUACAAACAAUCAUUGCUUGGCCAAAUUCCAACAUCAGUAGAUCCUAAUACACCAAACGUUCAAGUAAUGAGACUAACACUGGUCUGUGAUGAAGCUCCGGGACCAAUUACCAUGGAUCUGUCAGGAAGCUUAGAUGCACUGGUGAAACAACAGUUCGUGCUCAAAGAAGCAGUGGUGUACAAGGUCAAAAUUCAUUUUAAGGUUAACAAGGAGAUUGUGUCAGGCUUGAAGUAUGUGCACCACACUUACAGGAAAGGAAUAAGAGUUGAUAAAGCAACAUAUAUGGUGGGCAGCUAUGGACCUCGGACUGAAGAGUACGAGUUCUUGACACCAGCUGAGGAAGCCCCUUCAGGAAUGCUAGCAAGGGGGAGCUACGUUAUCAAAUCUUAUUUCACAGAUGAUGACAAAACUGAUUACCUGUCCUGGACCUGGAACCUCUCCAUAAAGAAGGAUUGGAAAGAUUAAAAGCUUUUGCUUGCAACCUUGUUAUGAA